AUAGAUAGAGGUCCCCUCACGGAGACUGUCUGCCCUCUAUGUCGCCUACAUACACUUCUCUUUUUCUUCUAAAAAUCUGAAUUCAAGUUUAUUGAACGAGCCUAAUUUCCAAUAAAAUGGCAGCGCCCAUCAGUCUUUUUUAUUUCUCCAUCCUACUUGUCUGUUUCACAGAGAUUUCUUCGAAAAUUCUCUCAGAAAGUGACAGAAUAGUAGUCCCUGAACAGGGAGAGUGUUAUACUGAAGAUUGUGGUGUCGAAUAUAAUCCAGUGGAUCCGCUUGUGAAGUGUUCAUUUUUACCCGAUGACUUCAUUGAGUGUGAUGCACCGGAGGAUCUAAAAGGCAAUGAGACACUGAGAAGAGAACUUGGCCUUGGGUGCUCAAAGUAUGGCAGAGAAAAGAUUCAAGAUGUGCAGACAUCACCCGUCAUCUGUAGGGUACUCCCUGGCAUAGAGUGUCAUGGAAAUAGGACUUUUAUUAAAGAGAACAUUCCUUGUUUAAAAUUUGAAGGACAGCACUUCAUCAGUACCCUGCUAUUCUCCAUCUUCCUGGGGUUCUUUGGUGUAGACCGAUUCUGCAUGGGCCAUGUCCCGACAGCAGUGGGCAAACUUCUGACACUCGGUGGAUUAGGUGUUUGGUGGAUCGUGGACAUUGUGCUCCUCGUCACAGGAGGACUGAUGCCAGCCGAUGGUAGUAAUUGGUGUCCGUAGACAAUUUAGCGCAAGAAAGACGCCCCAACAUUUUUUAUAGUACUACAAAAUUCUUGAUUCUGGAUAGUAUGAAGUGGGAUAGUUGAUAGGCAUUGUGCUACUUGUCAUCAAAAGAUUAAUGCCAACUGGUGGUAGUAAUUGGUGUCCAUAGAUUGUUCAGUACAAAAAUGAAGCCUCAAUGUUUGCUUUAGUACUUACAUGUUCUUGACUGGAGAUAGUUUAGAGUGGGAUAGAUCAUCAACAGAGUGUAUGGAUUUAGUGUUUGAUUGAUGGUUACAGAACGACUGAUGUUGACCAAUGAAAGUGAUUUGUGUUCAGAGACAGUUUGAUGUGGUAAUCAAGGCCAGAGAUCAGUUGCAGUUCUCAGUUAUUUUGAAGUUGGAUAUAUCAUCAAGAAAGCUUCUUGUGUCUCCUUAGAAAUGUUGCCAAUCGAUGGAGGUUGUUAGUGUCAAUGGAUUAUGUUUGUGAGAGUCAAAUGGACUGUGAAAUAACACUAAAUUUCUUGAAUUAAAUACUCUUGAGACUUACUGGAUCCAUACUUAUGACGGAAACUACAUAAACUUCAUGUAUAUUUGAAAUGUCUGGAGAAUCCUCAAUAAAUCAGGCAGAAACGAACAACAGUGGACUCAGAGAGUUUGAAAACUGUACGCUGAAGUUUACAUGUAGCAAGGACUGCCAAGGUCGACAGAGAUAAUUGGUGUGACGUAUCAAUACAAAGUGAACUUAUUUACUACAUGCAUAUGAAAUAUUUUUGUAGUUUAAGGUUGCCAAGUGCCUCAAAGUGAGCUGAUUGAUGAACAUUUAAUAUCCCAAUCUCUUUCUGGAGACUCAUGUGAAUGCCAAUUUUUUUUUUCAGCUUCACUACAAUACUCGAGGUAUGUGUGAGCAUUAAGGUAUCAUAAUUGGAGUGGACAUAAUUAGAUGAAUUAAGAGGCAUACCUUUCUAGACGUAUCAAAUGUUGAACCUUGGUCUGCACAUUAAAACUAAUUAAAUGUGCAAUCUCCGAACAUCGCAGUUUGAGGUAAUUUUUUUUUUAGUUCUCUAUGUUUGUGUCAUUGUUGAAGAUUGUUGAAGAUAUCCAUGUACCGGUAGAUAUACAGAGUUGUGCAAUAUUCUUUUUUUUUUCGUUCUGACAUUAAAAAGAAAUGAUGGAAGAAUACCCAUCAGCCAUGGGAAAGGAAUGGCAAAGUGUGCCAGUGACGAUCAUUACACUUCUUGUGAUCCUAGCUGGUAUGACUGCAAUUCUUUAUGCAACUUUAAAAAAUGGUGAUACAGAAUCAUCGUCUAGUGAAAUAAAGUGAUCAGUAAUUUGUAGCCUGGUAAUAAUAAUAAUAAUUGGCUUUUGUAUUGCCUGGUACCAAUCUAUGACUGCUCAAAACGUUCAAACUUGUUAUUACCUGGUCACUGGAUUCAAAGCUUUAUUAAAUAUAUAGCUAUAGUUUAUUCAUAGCUGGUAAUGAGAAUGAAAUGUUGACUUCUCUGUCAAAAGAAGAAAAAAUGUGUUAUCCUCGAAUCUCUUAUCAGUUUUAAAGUAACAAUAACAUUUCUCUUGAAACAGUUAAUGAAAAACAAAACAGGAAAAUGGAAAUUCAAGUCACUGCAUUGUGACUAGUGAGUUUGAUGUUGAAUUUGUUUUGAUGUUUAAGUGAAAUUCUUUUGAUUUGUGAAAGUACCUUUGCAUACCAUAAGAUGGUCCAAAGCAGAAUUUAAGACUAAAUUAUCAAUCUUAAUUUUACUGUAGAGGAAUAAUCAUCCAUUUUAUAUUGUAGUUAACAAGUCCGAAAAGUUGAAAAUACAGCACAUAAAGUUUUCAACAAAAUACAAUGAUAAUUUGCUUGGUUUGAAGGGAUGAAAUACUGUUUGGAUCCAUCUGGGUGGGUGUUUCAUAAAGCUCUUACAAAGUUACAAAUGACAUUAUGCCAGACUGGUGACCCUUUCUUGUGCUAAAUGAUAUAUAUCCCUAUGUAGCUGACUUUAAUACCACCGAAGAAUAUGUUCCAAUCGUGCAUGAAGCAGUGGGUAAAAUUAUGAUCACCUUUAUGAAACACCCACCAGGUUCGUUUGUUUUUUGUGGGGGGGGGGGGGGUAGGGGCGAGAGAGAGUCAACUGCUCCCCAUUUUUUCUUCAGAAACUGUGACUGAUGACAAAGUAUUAUCUUUCGCUCAUGAAAUACAUAUUUUUUUACUAUCUAUUUGGCAAACCUAAGAUCCAUGGCUGGAUAGGCCUAUUAAACAUUUAAAUUUAUCUUGCCUUUCCUUUGUUGAAAAAAAAAAGCCUACAUCUAGAAAACCUGUGAAAUGAUAGUAUGUCUUUAUCUCCUUCACCAUAAAAAAAUACUUUAAUACUACAUAUUGUAUAAAAAAAUUGCCGAUAAUUUAGUGUAUUUGUGUUUACAUGAUAAAGCUUAAAGCACAAUAUGUAAUUUUAUUUCGUUUAUGUUUAGGAUUAUGAAUAGGUUCUGACAUCCUUCCCCUGUAUGUACAGUAGCCUAAGAUGGUAUAGCAAAAAAAAAUCAUUGUUAUAUAUUUAUAUUAAUAAAGCAGUUUUAAUUCAUAA